AGACUCUCGUCACUCAGCUCCACCCCUCACGGCGGGGCUGUACGACGACGCAGCACCCUCGACUUCUCGAGACAAGCCAUCAGGCACGCACAUCCUUCCACCCCAACUCUACCGCGAACGACUUUUGACUCCUGCUAAUCGCUGCAGCGAUCACCAUGUCGUACGCAGCGUAUCAGAAUGCGCAAGCUGCACGCGCAUCCUCCUCCUCCUCUGCCGCCGGUCCAAGCAACUACUCGGGAGGCGGCGGUGGCGGUGUGGGAGCAAGAGCGGGAAUGGGAAUGGGAAUGGGAAUGGGAAUGGGAGCGGGAAUGGCAUUGGAGCCUGCUGCCACGACCACCGUACCGGAUGUGCCCGGUCAGAUCGUGCUUGAAGAUCGAGCAGAGAUGUUGAGGAGGCAUGUAGCCAAGCUGUGCAAUCUUUCCCACAAUAGAUUUCCUGGCGCUCAACCUGUAUCCUUCACAAAAGCCUCUCUGGAAUCGCUCAAGUCUCAAGACUUUUGGGUCUGCGAAAAGUCGGAUGGACAAAGAGUGCUGGUGCUGAUCGCAUGGAACAAGGCGCAAGGUUGUCAAGAAGUCUUUCUGAUCAAUCGAAAGAAUGUGUAUCGCGAGCAAACACGAAGUCUCUUCUUCCCUUCGCAUGAGCGCACAACACCAAACGACGAAAAAGCAGUCGAUGGCGGUAGGUGGAAAGCUCGAUCAGAGACGCUCUUGGACGGAGAAUUGGUCUGGGACACUUUACCCGAUGGACGCCGCAAAAUGAGAUUGUUGCUGUUCGAUUGUCUGGUCAUCGAUGGUACAAAUAUGGCCAGCAGGAUGCUGCUCAAGCGAUACGGCCGACUCAAAGAGCUGCUGUACAAGCCCUAUGCGGAUUACAUGAUGCGUCAUCAGACCCAGGCAAGGGAAAUAGGCUACGAAGUGCUUGUCAAACCUAUGGAGUUGAGCUAUGGGAUACAAAAAGUCAUCAAGGAGGUCAUACCUAGAUUGAUGCACGGCAACGACGGUCUGAUAUUUACCUGCAUCAAUUCGGGCUACGUGAACGGUACGGAUAGCAACAUCAUCAAGUGGAAACCGCCGUACGAGAAUACGAUCGAUUUCAAGCUUCGCCUGCGCUUCCCACCGGACCUGGCCAAGGAUCCUCGCGGCAACCUGGUAGAUUUUACGGCCAAACCUUUUUUUCAGCUGGAUCAGCAUGUUGGCAGGGAGAGCAGAUCGCAGGAUGGCUACGAGUACUUUGAUUGGAUGCAUGUGGAUGAUGAGGAGUGGGAGCAGAUGAAGUCUAGCGCAGUGCAAUUCGACGAUGUGAUCGUGGAAGCUAGAUGGGAUCCGCACGGUGGUCCUCUGCCGCCCGAGGCGGAAUCGACGUGGCGGGCCGAGAAAGCCAGGCGGCGGUCCGGUGGAGGAAAUAGAAAUGUUGAAGCCAAAGAAGAGGAGGAGCAAGAGGAGGAGGAGGAAGAACCGGAUGAUGUUAGGAAUCAAAGACCUCCGGCUUGGCGUUUGCAUCGCGUAAGGGACGAUAAGAGGGAUGGAAAUCAUCAUAGCGUGGUGCAGAAGAUCUUGAGAAGCAUAGAGGAUGGUGUGGAAGAGGAAGAGCUGCUGGGCGCGAGCAUGGACAUCCGAACAGCGUGGAAAUCAGAGCAAAGGGAAGCUAUGCGAAAGGCUCUGGAGAGCGGAAAUGCACCUCCUGCUCCCGCAGGCAGCUCCAAGUAUUCCACCGACGAGUUGGGAAGAAGAAGAGGUCCUGGACCUCCGAUGCGCGGAGCACCACCCAUGGGCUUGAAGAGGAGGUGAACAGCCGCUCUCCUCUUUUCGUCUGUGCGCGUGUGUUGGGUUGCAUGUGCAUGUCAAAAUUCGCAAGCGCUGCUCUGCUCAGUCGCUUGUCAACCUGUUGAUCGCGAAAGCUCAGCGCCUCUUCUUAGAAUGCGAUCGUCGACGCCUCGCAAAAUUUUGCGCGCGCACUCGUGCUCGCUGUACAAGAUUUCAUUGCGCCGC